UAAAAAACAUACAAUUGAAGCUAGUGGUAACUGCUGAUAGUUUCGUUCGACAAAAUUGAAGAUUAUCUUUAUAAAAAUAAUGAGUAGUAAUAGAAUCAGUGUACGAUUUAUAAAAUAAAAAUAAAAUGUUUAUGAAGAAAGACUAGUAAACUUGUAGUGUUUUUUUAACAAUGACUUCGUUUAUUAAUUUAACAUGGAAAUGGGAGCAUAUAUGUGGCCCUUCAGGUCUUCAACCAUGGAACGACUCAACAAAAGAUAUCGGAAUGUGUUUUCAAGAAUUGUUUUUACAGAUACCAAUUUACUUUAUCCUUGCCAUCACGUCAGGAUACUACGUUGGAUUCCGAAAAGACUGGGUAGUCAGGGAGAAAAUUCAAGAACGAGCUAUAGCAUUACGUAGUUUUGCAAUUUUAUUACUGGCUUUUAUUCCAAUAAUAGAACUAUACAUUUUCUUGACUGAUGAAGACUUUACUUUACUUCCAAUUGAUUAUUUUACGGCCGGAGCAUCUUGUUUAUCGUGGCUAGUUCACUUUGGCUAUGUUUUGGCUUUAAAGCAUCGCCUUGGACAUAGUUCUCGGGGCCCUCUAUGUCAACUUAUAUUGUGGGUUCUACUAGUAAUCUUCAAUAUAAUAGCACUACGCAGUUCCAUUCUAACUGGAGCUCAAAAUAACUUUUAUAUUGCUUCAAUAUGUUGUCAUGGGUUAUAUUUCCUUACUUUAUUACCAUCGAGUGACUCAAGGCCAACAUUUUACUCACCAUGCCUUGUUGGUUCACAACAUUCACAUAGUGAAUACACACCACUCCUGCCACAAGGUGACGAGGGUAUACUUGGCACUGCUAUGCAAGGAGCUAGUUACUGGUCCAAACUUACUUUCACAUGGGUCAAUCCACUUCUCCAAAAAGGAUAUGAUAACAAGCUGCAAGAUCCAGAAGAACUGUAUGAUAUCCCGGCAAAAUAUAGAUGUUCUUAUGUUGGGGCGAGAAUGGACAAAGCACUGAUCGGAAAUGUUGAUAAUUAUCAACAAUUUACUGAAGUGCCACAUGAACCUUUUAUAGGCUCUGGCUAUGGAGCUACAGGUGAGACACAGCCACAGAUAUCAACUCCAGUAACACCAACAUCCAGAGUACUGCUGCGUCCAGCACGUCGUCAGAACGUGUCCCUGCUACGUGCCUUACAUCAUUGCUUUGCUGUUCAGUUCUAUAGCAUUGGAAUGUUGAAGCUGGUUGCAGAUAUGGCUGGCUUUGCCGGACCGAUAUUACUCAAUAAAUUAAUUACUUUUGUUGAAGAUACUAGUAUUGACCAACAUUAUGGAUAUAUAUAUGCGGCAACACUUCUCGCAGCCACAGUUAUAGGUUCUCUGUUUAAUGUUCAAUUUAACUGGCUAAUGUCGAUCAUAGGGCUCAAAAUGCGCGGAGCGAUCGUAUCGACGAUUCUCAGAAAGACUCUUAGUGUGACGACGACUGAACUCAACAAGGCUUUUAGUGUUGGAGAAAUAACGAAUUUCAUGUCGACCGAUACAGAUCGCAUCGUGAACUCGUGUCCAAGUUUCCAUGCCUUAUGGAGUAUACCACUGCAGUUAUUCAUCACCCUGUUUCUUCUUUAUCAACAAGUCGGGGUCUCAUUUUUGGCUGGCGUAGGAUUUUCUAUAAUGUUGAUACCAGUGAACAAGUUGAUAGCUAAUAAAAUAGGCGAGCUGAGUACCGAGAUGAUGAAACAUAAAGAUUCUCGCGUCAGCUUGAUAGGCGACAUGCUCCGCGGCAUUCGGACUGUGAAAGUACACGUUUGGGAAGACUACUUCAUCGACAGAGUAUCAGAGGCGCGGCAGGGCGAGCUGCGGCGGCUGCGCGGGCGCAAGUACCUGGACGCCGUGUGCGUGGUGCUGUGGGCCUGCACGCCCGUGCUGCUGGCCGCGCUCACGCUGGGCACGCACGCGCUGCGCGGGCUGCCGCUCGACGCGCCCACCGUUUUUACAACGGUGGCAUUGAUAAAUAUGUUAAUAGCACCAUUAAACGCAUUCCCCUGGGUCUUGAACGGGAUCACCGAAGCCUGGGUGUCUAUAAAACGGAUACAAAAACUACUGGAUCUGAGAGACAUGAACGGUGAACAUUACUACGACCGCCUGAAUAUAAACAGAGACGAAGACAAAAUUAUUAUCCUAAAGAAUGCUUCAUUCACGUGGGCGCAGCCUUCGGUGCGGAGGAAGCCGAUUAAUCCAAAGAAAAAUAAAGGAAAGUCUAAAAAGAAGUUGACCAAACGCACUGUCAGAAGUGAUUCGGUGUCUUCCGGCGAGGCGACAAUGCAAGAGCCCUUUACGUUAAAGAAUAUUUCUUUAGAAAUCGGCAAAGAUGAGCUAAUCGGUAUCGCCGGCCCCGUGGGAAGCGGCAAGACGUCCUUGUUGCUGGCUAUCGUCGGCGAUAUGAUCAAACAGAGCGGCGACAUACAAAUACCUGAGUCUCUGAACAGUUUUGGUUACGUAUCUCAGCAGCCUUGGCUCGUGCGUGGAACUAUACGCGAUAAUAUACUGUUUGGAAAACCGUACGACGAGGCGAAGUUUAGAUCUGUGAUCGACGCAUGCGCUUUGACGGAGGACCUCAACGUGCUGGGCUGGAACGCGUACGUGGGCGAGGGCGGCUGCACGCUGAGCGGCGGACAGCGCGCACGCGUGGCGCUCGCGCGAGCCGUCUACCAGGACAAGCAAGUGUACCUGCUGGACGACGUGCUGGCGGGCGUGGACGCGGCGGUGGCGGCGCACAUCAUGCAGCGCUGCGUGCUGGGCCUGCUGCGCCACACGGCGCGCGUGCUGGUGACGCACUCGCCGCGCCAGCUGGCGCGCACGGCCCGCGCGCUGCUGCUGCGCGACGGCCGAGUCGCCGCGCAGGGCUCCCCCGACACCGUGUUGCACGAAAUAGAGGAAUUCUUACCGAGCGAGACCGAAUCUAUAGGCGAAGAAAAACCCUCUGCUCACGAAGCGGAGCCUCGGUCCGACGACCAGGACGACGUCAGUCAAAACAGUUUGAACAACGACGAAGCGAUGUCAGAAGGUACUGUGGGUUGGUGGGUGAUCGGUCUGUACUUGCGCUCCGUGGGGGCAUUCCUGACGAUGACCAUCAUCAUCUCCCUCGUCCUCAUGCAACUCUCCCAGAACUUCACGUUCCUGUGGCUCACGUUUUGGGUUCGAAGCGGGAGCAAGAACACGACAACUUUACAAUCAUCGGUUGAUUAUACACACGAAAAUACGACGAUUCUCGACCACGGCUUCAACAUGGCCGACAGUAUCGUUCACGUCAUCGCCAACAAAACGAUGGAACUAAUAACCGGAUUGACUGCAUACAAUGUCGCAAGUGACAAUACCAGCGGGACCGACGCUUAUCUUGUUCAGGAGCCGCAGCUGAGGAAGACAUCGAUCACCGACACUUAUUACAUGGAGGUUUAUUUUGGUCUCGCUGGAUUGAACUUAGUAUUUACUAUCAUGCGAGCAUUUUUGUUUGCAUAUGGCGGCGUCAAGGCAGCCGAAAAAAUACACAAAGUUCUCCUUAGACAUGUCGUGAAGGCGAAUAUUAAAUUUUUCGAUACGACUCCGAACGGUCGCAUCAUUAACAGGUUUUCGUCGGACACGUACACCGUCGACGACUCCCUGCCGUUCAUUUUAAAUAUCCUCCUUGCCCAAGUGUUUUCCUUGAUGGGCGCGGUGGCGGUUACUGUCUACGGUCUACCGUGGUUGCUAGUGGGAGUGUUACCUAUGACUUUUAUUUAUUACAGAUUACAGCGCCGAUACCGAGUCACCUCGCGGCAGCUCAAGCGCCUGCAGAGCGUCGCCCUCUCGCCGGUCUACGUACACUUCAACGACACCCUCGAAGGGCUCAGCACGGUGCGCGCACUGGGCGCGGCGGCGCGCUGGGCGGAGCGCGGCGAGGAGGGCGUGGAGCGCUGGCAGCGCGCCGCGCUGUGCGGCGCCGCGGCCGCGCAGUGGCUGGCGCUGCGCCUGCAGGCCGUGGCCGCCGUCGCCGUGGUGGCCGCCGCGCUGCUGGCCGUGCUGCAGCGCGCCACGCACGCCGCCGACCCGGGUCUCGUGGGCCUCGCGAUAUCGUACGCGCUGUCGAUGACGUCGAUGCUGAGCAACGUCCUGAACGCCUUCACCGAGACGGAGCGGGAGAUGAUCGCCGUCGAGCGUGUCGGCGAGUACAUCACGCAGAUCGAAAGCGAGAAAGUGGAGGGAGUAGCGCCACCGUACGGGUGGCCCUCGCACGGUGUUAUAAGUUUUGAGGAUGUCUAUCUUAAAUAUGGAACCGGCGAGCAGAGCGAGGCGGCGCUGCGGGGGCUCACAUUCGCCAGCCGGCCGAGCGAGCGGCUGGCCGUGGUGGGCCGGACGGGCGCCGGCAAGAGCUCGCUCCUGCGCGCCGUGCUGCGCCUGGCGCCCUGCAGCGCCGGACGGGUGCUGGUGGACGGCGUCGACGUGUCCACGCUGCACCUCCACGCGCUCAGAUCGCGGAUCGGCAUCAUACCGCAGGAGCCGUUCAUCUUCACGGGCAGCAUUCGCGAGAAUGUGGACCCGCUGCGGCAGUACCUGGACGCGGAGGUGUGGCGCGCGCUGGAGGCGUGCGGCGCGCGGGACGCGGUGGUGUCGCGCGGCGGGCUGGCGGCGCCCGCGCUCGGCGUGUCGCGCGGACACGCACAGAUGCUGUGUCUCGUCAGGGCAUUACUGCAGAGGGCCAAGGUAUUGCUAGUGGACGAAGCGACGGCCAACCUCGACGCGGAGAGCGAGCGCGUGAUCCUGGACACGAUCCGCUGCUCGUUCGGCGGCAGCACGGUGGUGUUCGUGGCGCACCGGCUGACGGGCGUGCUGGAGUGCGCGCGCGUGCUGGUGCUGGGGGCGGGCCGCCUGCUGGAGCUGCGGGCGCCGGAGGACGCUCUGGCCGACCCCACGUCGCACCUGUACCGCCUGCUGCAUCCCGACCGCUAGGGGCGCUAGCGGACGCGGACAUUUAGCUUGUGAUAAUAAUUAAGACUAUAAGUCAAUUAUUCUUGAAAUAAGAACUAUUCAUUUUAUUUAGAAUAGUAUUUUAAUUAUAAUUUGUGAUAUUACUAUUUUGUUUGAAGGCACUGACUUGAAUAUAUAAAUAUAAAGAUAGAUGCCAUGAGUGCGGCGUAAUAUUAUGAAAAUUAAACUUUCCACCUUUAGUACCUACUAUGACGUCACAAGAGCAAUUUUGUGACGGAAAACACACGUACGUCACAUAUUACUAUUUGAUUCUUACUUUAUAUUUUUUAUUAAAUAUUUUUUCAAUAAAUACAUAAUUUAUUUCGUUCCAUUCGUACUUGUAUAAACUUUCGUGUACUACGCAAAUAAGAUAUUAUUGUGUAUUUUAACUUAACGUUUUACUUCGUAUUGCACGUCCAAAGCUAUCUAAAUAUAUAUAAAGAUAUGUGAUUGAAGGUAAUGUGUUACCGUUACAGUACAGGGUAGUCCAAUAUAAUUCCAUUUAUUUUUUAACUAAACGUUUAGUCAUUGCUCACAUUAUAAUUUAUUUAGGUUAGUUGAGGACAUGCUCUAACUACUUUUUUAUAUACAUCUAUAUUUCUUUAAAAAA